AUCUCUCCGCUUCGUCCAUUUCGUUUUCGGCAAGCAUCGUGAGAAGUUCACUAUUUUAAGUUUGCGGAUAAUAAUUAAGUUUGAAAACUUUACUGUAAUGUGCAGUUGAUAUCAGCUGAAUGGUCGAUGAGACCAGAAACUUGUGAAAUCGAUGCAGUUUAGUGCGUGAAACGUUAAAAUGUCCCGCGAAGACAACAACGCACCAUUUGGUCAGGCGGCCAAACAUGGUUCCUUCAACUUGGGCGACGUGGUCACCAAUCGUGCCAAGGUUCUCACGGACGAUGAAAAGCUGCGCCUGGAGGAGCAGAACAAACGAAUGGUCUCGGAGUUCCAAGCCGGGAAGCUGGAAACGGAAGCCCGCAAACACUGGGAUCUGUUCUAUAAGCGGAACGAAACGCGCUUCUUCAAAGAUCGCCACUGGACCACGAGGGAGUUUGAGGAACUGCUGGCGGGGUCUUCUGCGAGCGGGGAGGACGGAAGCAUUAGGAAAACCAUGCUGGAGAUCGGUUGCGGUGUCGGAAAUUUGGUGUUUCCUUUGAUUGAGGACGGACAUCGCGAUUACUUCAUCUAUGCGUGCGAUUUGUCGCCACGUGCCGUCGAAAUGGUCCGGCAACAUAACCUCUACGACGAAGCGUACAUGAAAGCGUUCCCGUGCGACAUAACGACCGGGGAAGUGUUCGGAACCAUUCCGGAGGGAAGUCUGGACAUUGCCACGCUGAUCUUCGUAUUGUCGGCCAUUCACCCGGACAAGUUCCGGACGGUGGUGGGGAACAUUUUCCGCUUGAUGAAACCCGGAGGAACGGUGCUGUUCCGGGAUUACGGCCUGUACGAUAUGGCUCAGCUUCGGUUCAAGCCGGGACAUAAGAUUGCGGAAAAUUUCUACAUGCGCCAGGAUGGGACCAGAAGUUACUACUUUGCGGAGGACGAAGUCAGCAAUUUGUUCAGUGGCGAGGGCUUUGAAGUGAUAGUCAACAGCUACAUCCACCGGAGGACCAUCAAUCAGAAGGAGGGCAUUGAUGUGCCGAGAAUCUUCGUGCAGAGCAAGUUCCGGAAGCCAUGUGGCUGAUGGGAAAGGAUGCCUUAUUUCGGAGUGAAUUCCCAACUCUUCCACAACGCCAAGGUCCUAGACGAAAGGUGUAAACUUCGCCCAGUCAGAUGGAAUUUCGGAAGAUGAAAUCAUCCGUUCCAUUGUUUCGUUACCGAUCUGAAGCUAUGAGGGAAGCAACUCAGAAUUGUCACAGUGGAGUUCAAACACGAGGAUCCAGUGGUCUAUUUCAAACAACGUGGCUUAGCUAACAUUCAAAAUGAAAAUACAAAUUUUGUGUUCAUUAA